UUUCCUCUUCCUCUCCAGUUGUUGGGAGGGGGAGAGUGCAGCUGGGUUUGCAGAAGCCGAGGGGGAAUUCCCCCCCCCCCGCACCCUCUGGAGCCGUGACGCCGGAAAGUCCGGGAGGCGAAGGAAACUGGUCAUGAGACAUACACUAAUGAUGGAGAAGGGGAAAAAUCCAGAUGCAAAAUCUGAAAGAGAACUGCAAGAAAGCCUCAAAGCUGGGGUGACCCAAGAGAAGGCGGGAAGAACAACGAAAGGCCUCCGAGCUGGGAAUGCAGAAGGUUUUGCAAAAAUGGGGGGCUCCAAAUCAGCCAAGAGCGAGGCCAGAGAUCGGCGGUUGAAAUAUUUGGAUCCCCGGGCUGCUUUGAAGGCAAUGCAGUCCUCCAAGCAGGAGGAACUGGUUUCUGAACCGUGGGAGAACGCCAAGGCCUGCCUGGCUUCCUUAGAAGGAGCAGCUGAAACCUACUGGAGAUACAAAGGACUGGUGGAUCUCAGCAAAGAAACUCAAAGGGAGAACGAGCAGAUCAACGCUGCCAAGAUGGACGACUACUGGAAGGUGGGCGAGGACGUCCUGAGAGAGGACUCGGCGGCCACUGACACCCAGCGAACCCUUUUCAGAGAGUUCUGUUACCGAGACGCUGAGGGUCCCCGUGAGGCCUGCAGCCGUCUCUGGUAUCUCUGCCACCGGUGGCUGAAGCCGGAGAGGCACACCAAGGAGCAGAUCCUGGAGCUGGUGAUCCUGGAGCAGUUCCUGGCCAUCCUGCCCUCCGAUCUCCAGAGGUGGGUCAAAGCCGCCGGGCCUCACAGCUGUGACCAAGCGGUGGCCUUGGCUGAAGGCUUUCCCUCAGGACGGCCACAGGAGGGACCAGGUUUGGUGCAGGAGACGGCUGUGGGAUUCUCCACAGCCAAGCGGCCUCCGUCAGGGGCCGGAGAAAGACAAGCCAGUGCCGUCGAGGUCAAGCAGGAGGACGGUGACAGCGACUCAGAAGAUGACAAAUGGGUGAUUGAGACGAGGCAAGGGGAUCUCCAGUUGGAAGACACCGAGGCGGUGAAAUUGUGUGGGCCCUUCUUGCAAGAGCCUUAUUGGUCUGAAGAAGAUGGAGAUGGUCCUGCAGCUCUUGGGGAUGGAGCUGACCAGAAGGAUGAGGACAACCCAGGUCAACACAGACCUGAAGUGUUUCCUCUAGCAGAAGAUGAUGGGGACUCAAGUCAACGCAUUAUGGUCCAAAGACGGCACAGAAGUCGAGAAAAAAAGACCUGUGCCGUGUGCGGCAAGACUUUCAGCCGGAGCACGGUGCUCGCUGCCCAUCAGAGGACCCACACAGGUGAGAAGCCAUUCAUGUGCCAGAAUUGUGGGAAAUGCUUCAGCUUCAAGUCUACUCUGGUUGCCCACGAAAGGACCCACACGGGAGAGAGGCCUUACACCUGUGAUCUGUGUGGGAAGAGCUUCACUGUCAGCUCGGUCCUCACCAGGCACUACCGAGUCCACGUCGAAAAGAAACUCUUCAGCUGCUCCGAGUGCGACAAGAACUUCACUCAGAAGUCUCAGUUGAUCAACCACCAGAAGAUCCAUGUGAGAGAGAAGCCGUUCAAAUGUGCCCAGUGUGGAGAAGGUUUUAGCCGGAGCUCCAGCCUCAAGAAACACGAGGGCUCCCACACGGGGGAGAAACCCUUCAAAUGCCCCGAUUGCGAGAAGUCCUUCAACACGUCUUCCCAGCUGGUCAAGCACCACCGAGUCCACACUGGGGAGAGGCCCUACACCUGUUCGGCGUGUGGGAAGAGCUUCAGCCAGUGGCAGAUCCUGAUGGUGCACCAAAGGACCCACACAGGCGAGAAGCCCUUCAAGUGUGCCACCUGCGGGAAAUGCUUCUCCGAUCGGGCGGUCCACAUCCGCCACCAGAAAGUCCACACGGGGGAGAGGCCUCACCAGUGUCCCACUUGCGGGAAGAGGUUCACCCACCGCACCGUCUUGGUGAAGCACCAGAAGAUCCAUGCCCGAGAAGCUCUGAACCUAGCCAAAUUGCAAGAGGAGCAGCAGCGAUACGAGGAUACUUCCUAGAAGUUUGCAAGACGGGACGAAUGUUCAACUUUGAAGGAUACCGACGGGCGACGCUCUUCCCCGAGCCUUCCCUAACUUUUUUGGCUUCCAGAUGCGUCAAGACCCAUGGUCUUCCUGGCUAAAAACAGAUGGGAGUUGCAGUCCAAUAAAGGAACCGGGUUGGCCUGACAGCACAGGACUCCGCUGUAUUGUGCAAAGAUGUAUAUGUAACAGACAAUCAGUAUGUCUACAUAGCUGGCUGGAGAAUUCUGGGAGUUGAAGUUCACAAGUCUUAAAGCUGCCAAGUUUGAUGACCUCUGGUCUACAAUCACACAAUGGCAAGCGGUCACUUUCCCAGGGCUGAGCAUGAUGGGAUAGGCAACACAUGCGGGGAUCCUGCAGUGGGCCUGCUCCCCCUCCACCCCCUGGUCCCCGCAUCUUCCAUGUUGUGACUGUCUCUGUGUAUGCACUUUUGUCUUCCUGAAAAAAGUUGCCGGUUGUUGUGGCUCCCACCCUCGAACCUGGCCCCAUGCCCGAAAGUGCCUUGGAGCCGGGCCUGCUGCCAGAAAGUGACUCGGACAGUAAGGGGGAAGGGCCGUCAGGACUUACCUCGGAAGUACCGGCCUCCCUGGAUCAGCUCCAGGAGCCAGAAGCAGGCCAAGUGAAAGAGAUAACGAGGCCUCCUUCUCCUGACUCUUUCCCCCCCCCUCACGCCUGCAGACCCAGCUGAAAGCAAUCAGGUUUGGCUCAAUCCCAGGUUUCGUAGGCAGGAGAGAAGAGAACAACAGAAACGGGAGGGGCAGGCCUAGGAAGUGCUGAGUCAUGGAGCCACACCCCACAGGAUAUAAAAGGCAGUAAGAGCUGGUGGGUCUCUUUGUAUCAGGCAAAUCCACGGAUUGACUAGAGCUGAAGGUUGUGACUCACUAGCGUCUUGGCAGCUAUCGAGGGCUCUUGGCAGACGCUGAUUCUUUUGCUGCCAGAGCUGAUAAGAGCUGGCUAAUUAAGCCAUCAUUCAGACGGAGGCGAGGAGGACACAACACCGGUGUUGCUGAGUCUUGGCAAAGUCAACUUUUUCAAGAUCUACUUUAGCUAUGCACUACAGUGAUAAAGGAAGCAGUUCAUGAACACAGAUUAAGCCCCUCCCCUUUGUGCACAGACAUCGACUAGUAGUAGACAAUGUGUCCAAUAGAGAAGCAUCCAGUUUUAAUUCAAUUCCCCAUCACAAUGUUGUUGUUUUUUUGCCACUGUUCUUUGGUUGUUGGCUCCCACGUUUCUGACAUCAACAUGAUGUUAUGUUUCUGUAUAAGGAUAAGAGGAUAAUGUAUACCACAGAAACGGAUUAAAGCAAAAAUUAGAAGUGCCUCAUAAUUAGCCUCUCUAAGCUUCCCUUUCCUUUGCUAAUGCAGCUGCUGUCAAAUAUAAUGCUUUCAUUGUCUAGCCACCGCAAGAUUAAGGCCCCUUCUGCAUGUUUCCAACCAAUGAAGAGUCCUGAGUGAGGGCCGUUUUUGAGAUUGUGUUGGCAAGUGGAAGGACUAGACCAUAAUCUGCUACGCCAGUCCAACUGGCAGAUGUGAUCAGUGUUAAUCUGGGGUAUCCAUCAUGGCUUGUUCACCUUGGGAGACCCUUCUGGAUAUAUACACUUCCAACGACAUAACCCACGCAAUUUUUAUUUACCCACACAAGCCCCUUCGCCUCAAGUCCCCGCUCAUAGAUGUGUGUGUGUGUGUGUGUACCGUGUUUUCCCGAAAAUAAGACUCUGUCUUAUAUUUUUUUGAACCCCGAAAUAAGCGCUUGGCCUUAUUUUCGAGGUCUUAUUAUUUUGGGGCACGUGGAGCAAGAUGGGGUACCUCUUGCUAUCCAGCUCUGCUUUUAAAUAUUUUCGAGGAGAGCUUAUUUUCGGGGUGGUGUCUUAUUUUAGCGCAUGUGCUCAAAAGCCUGAUUGGGCUUAUUAUCAGGGGAUGUCUUAUUUUUGGGGAAACGGUAUGUAUAUAUAGAUAUAGAUAUAGAUAUCUAUAUAUCUAUAUGUAUAUCUAUAUCUAUCUAUCUAUCUAUCUAUCUAUCUAUCUAUCUAUCUAUCUAUCUAUUUAGACACACAUACACACGUAAAUAAAAAGACAAGCAAAAAUCGAGUACUGUAAUGAAUAUUAAUAGAUAGAUAGAUAAUGGUCUAUUUCUUCCACAUGCCAAUACAACCUCAAAAAUGACCCUCUGUUGUGGCUCCAGCCCCCCCCCCCAGGCCUGGCCCCCUGCCAGAAAGUGACUCAGAGAGUGAGUGGGAAGGGCUGUCGGGGCUCCCCUCUGCAGGGCCGGCUUCUCUGGCUCAGCUCCAGGAGCCAGAGGCAGGCCAGGUAGAGGAGGUGACAAGGCCUCUGUCUCCUGUAUCUCCCCCUGCCCAGGCAACGCUUCCAGACCCAGCUGUGGACAAUCAGUCCUGGUUAGAUCCCAGGUUUUGUAGACAAGAGAGGCGGGAACAACAAAAGAAGGGGUGGGGCAGGCCUAGAGAGUGCUGAGUCACGGAGCCACACCCCAUAGGGUAUAAAAGCAGGAGGGGAUGCUCUACUACUUCGUGACGGACAAAGCAAACUGACUGGAGAAAACUUGAGCUGAACUAUUUGACUGAGCUUUUGACCUCGAUUGUUGUUUGUUCCUGACUUCCUGGUUGCUCCGAUAACAUCAGGGAAGAUAAAGAAAACCUUGGCAGACGUUCGCUGGUCUGCUGCCAGAGCUGAUAGCUGCCGUGGACUAAAUUGCUGGCUAAUUGAGUCAGUUCACGUGUCUCCCGGACUGAGGUUGGGGGGGAAAGAACACCCUCGUAUCUAAGAAUAUUUCUCAUCAUAAUAUUUUGAUGUAUUAACGCUUGGACGUACCCAAUUCCAGCAACUGUUCUUUAUAUGUUUUAGCCUCCAGUCACCUAAUCAUCUUUGUUGCUCUUCUCUGCACUCUUUCUAGAGUCUGAACAUCUUUUUUUUUUUACAUUGUGAUGACCAAAACUGGGUGCAGUAUACCAGGUGUGGCCUUCCCAAGGCAUUAUAAAGUGGUAUUAACAUUUCAGGUGAUCUUGAUUCUAUCCCUCUGUUAAUGCAGCCCAGAACUAUGAUGGCUUUUUUGGCAGCUGCUGCACACGGCUGGCACAUAUUUAAAUGAAUGUCCACGAGGACUUAAUUUAAUCACUACCCAACUCCAUUAUGACUCUAGGAGACAUAGACUAGACAAAAUUUAAGAUGGCCCAUCCAUGUAAUAUGAAAUAAUAUUUAAAAAAAACCCAGAGAAAAAUGGUACCAUCUCACAAAUCACACAACUCACAACCUCUGAGAAGCAGCCAGGUUUUAAGGAUUUAUUUAAAUCAGUGUUUCUCGAUUUUGGCAACUUUUAAGAUGCGUGGACACUUCAACUUCCAGAAUUCCCCAAGCCAGGAUGUGGGUCAUAUGGAUUCUUAGGAGGAUAUCUUGACAGUCCAUUUCUUGGGUCUCAUUAACAGGCCAUGGCUUAAUAAUUGGUGGAACCUGGAACAUGCUGAAUCUGCUGGAUUAUUUUUAUUUAUUUGUUGCAUUUAUACACUGCCCCGUCUUACCAUUGGGAGUAAAUUGUAUGGGGUGGGCAGACAAUCCCUCCAACAACCAGGCCCAUCCUAGAUCAUGGAUCAGUGUUUUGGACUUCAAGUCCCAGAAUUCCUCACAGCCGGUAGGACCUCACUCUUCCUGUUGUGACUUUAAAAAAAAAAAAAGCCAGGCAUUGAAAUAAACUGUGUUUCUGGGCAUCACAGGUGUGUUUUGUAUAUAAAAAACAAGGCCAUACUUUUCUCCCGGUUUUAAAAAAUGCAGUUCUUAUUUUUAUUGAAUUAGUCCCAUUUUUUACAACUUUGGAGCUUUGCUACUUGAAGGUGCAGCGACCCGUAAAUGUGAAUAAGCAAAAAGGUUUCUCCCCCCCAGCCCCCCCUGCAUUUUUUAACCUCCCUUGAAAUUGUUUCCCUAAAAAUCCAGGUGAAGGACCCAAAGAAGGAUGGAGUUCUAGCAUCCUUAACACCCAAGAAAGGGCAAGGUAAAGGUAAAGAUUCCCCUCGCACUUACGUGCUAGUCGUUCCUGACCCUAGGGGGCGGUACUCAUCUCCGUUUCAAAGCCGAAGAGCCAGCGCUGUCCAAAGACAUCUCCGUGGUCAUGUGGCCGGCAUGACUCAACGCCAAAGGCGCACGGAACGCUGUUACCUUCCCAUCAAAGGUGGUACCUAUUUUUCUACUUGCAUUUUUUAAACGUGUUUUUGAACUGCUAGGUUGGCAGAAACUGAGACAAGUAACGGGAGCUCACCCUGUUACACAGCAGCACCAGGGAUUUGAACCGCUGAACUGCCGACCUUUCGAUCGACAAGCUCAGCGUCCUAGCCCCUUGAGCUACGGCUAGCACUGUUCAAAUAUAAGGCUUAGGACUGUGAGAAGCAACAGAAUAUAUAUUGCAAAAUGGUUCAUGUGGAACAGGGGUCUCCAAAUUUGGGAACUUUUAAGACUUG